CUACAAAAAGCAACAGAUAGACUUGACCAAGAAGAUGUCAACUUGAAGUUACUCUUGUUGGAAAUUAACAGCACCCUCCUCCUAAAGGUAACGUUCUCUUCGCCUUAAGAAAAUGAGGUGUCCCCUGUAGGUUUCCUAUCUUUUAGACCAAUUUGUAGAGCUAUAUGUAUUUCCCAUGGGAAGGACGGGAAAUUAUGAGGAAACACUUUUGUUUUUUCCUUAAUAUCAUGGACCGAAAAAGAAAACGAGUAAUGAUAGAAUGAAUUCGCCACCUUAGAAAUAAGGACGAAACUGGAACGAAAAAGAUUUGUAAAUACUUUCUAGGAUUGCUACUAGCAGAAAAAAAAAUAAUGUUCCCAUAGCUGAUUGGUACGUCCGCAGUAACGAUCCCAUAAACAAAACUCUCUUGCAUAAACAAUUGUGUGACUCAUUUCGGCUUCAGUCGAUCCUUAUUUCUCAUUUUUUUUUCUUUUUAAAUAAUAAUCACCGUGUCCUUUGGUUUUAAAUUGACGACCUAGUGCAAGUUGACUAGAGAAGAAUACGCAAAAAUGAAGCUUUUUUUCUUUAAUAGUUCUCGUCUCUAGAGCGACGUUUGUAGUGUACAAUCCUGGACAAAAGUCCUUGAGACAGACAGUAAAAGCAUAACAGCAGUCAGUCUAUGUGUGUCACAAGCAAUAUUAUAAAAAUAACGCUCUCAUUUUCAAACUCCAUAUAACCCCUCCCUUUUCCCCUCCCAAUACAAUGUUGAAAAAUCAAAUAAAUUGUGCCUUGAUGGCUUCAAAACUGUCCGUGGGGUGGGGGGAGGGGGUGGGGACGUGCAGUGUUAGUAGCUCACGGAUAUGAAUUUAGCGUGUGUUAAAAAGUGUUCGAACUGUACAACUUUCCCAAGACUUUUGUCCAUGACUACGGAAAUGAUGACAAACAUAAAGAACAGAUAAAAACUUUUUUUUUUUUUCACGGUUCCUCGAAGGAUAGCUAAGUAACCCUGGGACGUACAAGCAAAUUCAUAACCCCGCCGUGGUACAAGAGGAAGGUGGGGGUGGAUGGAACCCCUCCCCGGAGUUUUUGACAUGUUGCAGUAUUUUGAAAUGAUUUUACCUUUAGUGGUGGCGCUGCUGAAGGCAUAUGACGUCACCGACAAUGGUCGCCAUCUUGGCCGCAAUCUUGGAUUUUACCAAGAAUUGGAAAUCAGGUUAAAACCGCGAGAAAUGGUAUUUUUUGUGCUUAACAUGAAAAAAAAAAACAUGAAUAAACACUUUGCAUGAUUUUAGCCACACGAUUUACUUUUAUUGUUGAAAGAAGUUAAAAAAACAUGUAUUUUCACCCAAAAAUGGCUUGACCACCUGCUGCUUAUGACGUCAUAUCUCGUAACCAUAGCAACUAACCAUCACUAAACUCGUCUCAAAAUCUGCGUGAGGGAUGAACGAACAGCUACUGAAAACGUCAGGUGCUGAUGUUUUAUCCCCCUCCCUGUACGUCCGAGGGUUAACCCGGGAUUAAGCAAAAUUUUAAGCAAGAUUUUCUUUUCUACUUGUAACUCGAGCUUACAAAAUACUGUUGUUCCUUUACUUCAAGAAAAAGAAAUGAUAACACAGAAUGUUACUCUAGGCAAUGUAUAGAAAGGUAAAUAUAAAAAGUGCAACAAAAUUUUCAUCCUGGAUUAGCGUUAAUCAGCCUUUCAGGAACCAGGCCCUGAGCAUUUAUUUUGUUUCCAGGUAGAGAAUGUCAGCAAACUUCCAGGCCCAGUCGGUCCUCCUGGCGUAAACGGCUCCCAAGGCCCCAUAGGUCCAGCAGGACCCCAAGGAUUUAACGGAUCCCAGGGUGCAAUAGGUCCCCAGGGAUUCAAUGGCUCCCAGGGACCUAUCGGACCACAGGGUCCUCAGGGUGCUGGGGACUUCUCUUUGUGUGAAUAUAUGAGCACCUCUUCAAAGGGAAGUCAGGAUACAGUAACAAGCAUUAACCCUGCUUCUAGUAUUCAAGUAUCUCUCGGGGAACCAAAUGUAAGUCUAUUAUUUUUGCUGUUGUUAUUAAUUAUUAUCAUUAUCAUUAUCAUCAUUGUUAUUUUUAUGAUAUAAUAUUUAUCACUUUUAGAAUUAGUUUUUUUUCCUUCUUCUAUGUUAAUUAAGAAUAAGUCCAUGAAACAUUCAGAGCUUUUCAAGAAUACAUUUGUAUAAAAAAGCUCAGUAGUUUUUAAAUGCAACUCCUUUUGUAGAUCAUUUACUAUUGUUUUCUCCAUUUUAUAUAGCUUCCUUCUAUCGACUUUGUAACAUUAGAUAUGUGUUUUUACCUAGUAAUCAAUCGAGAAUUAACAUUUUUAAUGAAAUGAACAAACACGUGCAAAGUUGUUGCUUUUCCAAUUUAAGCUCUUGAUUUUUUGCCGUUCUCGUUGCCGUCACCGUCGUCGUUGCUUAAGCUCCCUAAUAAACUUCUUACACACAUGUGCAGUGGCUCGGGAAGGAUUUCCUCUAAACAACUGUUUCUUAUUUAUCUUAAUUUUAUUGUUAUAUUUUUUUCUGGUCAGCUUAUCGUUAACUCCUGUUAUUAUUCAUUCAAAAUAUUUUCCCGAUUCUGAUUGGCUAAAAGCACUCGCUUAAUUCACCAUAAACAGUUUCUGAUGACCAAAUUUGGAAGAAUUUUGUGUUUAACGAGGAAAUAACGUCAAAAAUGCAGCGUUUUCGCAGGUUAAGGCACCGAUAACCGAGAAGACCUGGGGACGAGGUUGAGUUUUUUUGAUUGUGAACUUGAAAAAUGGCGGACAUUUCACUCGUUUCAAGACUAAGAACUAGGCGAAAAAAUAGCUAAAAACACGGCAAGAACAGCAACAAGGCAACUCGAAGGGCAUCUACUAUUUGGAGAAUAUUUGCGGAGCUGGACAAACCUUACCGUGCACUAUCGAAGAUGAACUUAUUAUUAUUAUUAUUAUUAUUAUUAUUAUUAUUAUUAUUAUUAUUAUUAUUACACUUUUGUGAGUUCUUUAGAGUGAUUUUACUUAACCCGUGAAAUAGGCAGUAGAAUAGUACACACUAUUAUACACUAAUUCUACUGUCUUCUUUUGUUUAUUUGCAGCUAUUUUGCUCUAGUUGUUAUUAUCUCUUUCACGGUUCAAAUAAAAUCACUCUUAAUGUUUGCGCUCAUUCAGCGAGUGUCAUUGGUUUGUUUAUCAAGUUCAAAUGAACUCGCGGAUGAAAAACCACUUAAAAAUUGUCUAAUCCUUGAUUGAUUGUAAUAAUAUAGAAUGCUCCUUGGUUAAAACUAAGCUAACGAAAUAACUACAAAAUCAUAUAAUUCCGUCUGACGCUCUUUAGGCCGAUCAGUCUAUUCGGUUCGAACGUUCAAAAUAAGUUGCGAUUAUUAUCAUGUUUUGUUUUGUUUUUUGUUUUGUUUUUAACCUGUUGCCAGGUUGUUUUUGUUGUUAUUAUUAUUAUUAUUAUUUUUAUUUUUAUUUUUUAUUUUUUACAAAAAUUACAGAAAAAAAGAAAAAAAAUGUAAUAUAAUAACGGAAAAGAAACGAAGCAUUAAUGCCACGACUAUCACUACGUACGUCAUUUCUAUGCCAAACAAGAUAUAAGUUGCGACUAUGUCCGUUAACAGGAACAAUUCCUCCCUCCAGAGAAGUGUAUAUCUCUCAUUUUUAUUCUUUUAGGACAAACGAAUAGUUGGUGUGUCAUGCUCCACGGACCGAGCCCAGAUGUAUCUUCUUUCAAGCGAAGUCAACCAAUCCAACGGUCAACGGUUUUAUCGCUGCGACUGUUCAGGACAUUUUGGUGCUGGAUCGCAGACUGUGACUUGUUUUAUGAACUACUGGCUUUGCCCUCUUUCUACAUAA